UGCGUGUCCACGCAAGUUCCUUAAUCUACUAAAAAACCUCCCCAGAUUCAACUAACUACAUGUGGCACAGAUCACAUUAGAGAGGCCUCUCCUAGCCAAAGCAUAUAAGGCAAUUGUUAUCCCUCUCGUUUUCAUUAGAUUUUGCUUUUGGUGUGUCUAUCUAUUCACACACAAGUAUGGAUGAUGAUCACAAUGAUCACCUUCCACCCUUAUUUCCUCACAAAACAAAUUAUGACUUCAACAGCAAGAUCCUUCUCGCUGCCAUCGUAUGUUUGUCCAUCGUCAUAAUGCUGGUCAUCCUCCUCCACUUGUAUGGCAGAUACAUUCUUCGCAACCGUGCCCGGCGCGGUGCCGCCGUGCAUGCUCUAGCCCUCAGGGUCGCCCAUGCGCAGUCCAGCAGCGAGCCACCCAAGACUGGCCUCAAUCCGACGGUCAUUUCCUCGCUGCCCUUCUUUAUAUUCAAGCGGAGCGACCGCCAGGACGAUGCCUCGGCCGAGUGUGCAGUUUGUUUGAGCAUGUUGGAGGAUGGAGAGACGGCGAGGGAGUUACCCAAUUGCAAGCACAUUUUCCAUGUGGAGUGCAUUGAUAAGUGGCUGAGCUCGCAGUCCACGUGCCCCGUUUGCCGCACCGAGGCCAAGCCCCUGAUGAAAGCCGAGCACCAUGAACCUCCUUCUGGGACAGCUGCAGUGACAGCUCUGUCGCUCGAGAGCGUCGACUCUAUUUUUCCAAGUAUCGAAGGGAUGCCGGAUGCCGCACAAGGGGCAAACAAAGACAGCAGUUCGUCAAGCUCGCGAUUUAGUUCAUUCAGAAGGAUGCUUAGUAGGGACAGAUUGUCGCUGAGAGUUCAAUCUCACGGCCAAGAAGACGAUGACUUAGAAGAUGUAGAGAGACAAUGAUGCAACAACUAUAGCUCUAGCGCAAGCGCACCGACAGAGGCUAAUGAGAGGAGGGAUCUAAUCAAUGGUUUCGAGAUAAGCCAGAGGGUAAGUCAAAUAGUUUUUGAGAUGAGUUCACGUGCACUGUACUUAAAGUCCCAAGUCCAAACCAUCUGGGUUUUGAUAAUGCGCAUAUCAAUGUCUCAGCAUGGACUUGAAAGGAAAAGUUAUGUGGUGCAGAAAUUGCUCUCGCUAAGAUUCUCUUUAGUAUCUGUCACGCAAAUCCAAUCUCCCCCUAGAUGAACAAGCGUGGUGCUUUAUCAACUCCCGAUCCAAAGCAUUUAAGUUCAUUCAUGUAAAUGUUUCAAAUAAACUUGAAAGGAAAAGUGAUAUGGUGUUGGAAAUAACUGUCUUGGGGAUUUCCCUUAUGUUUUCUUUCACAUAACUCGAUCCUGAAUUUCGCAAUUCCCAUCCAUUGGCCUUGAUUUUAAGGAUAAGGAAGGUUUUUGCAGUCUUGGGCCCGGUUUAAUGAAGAAGUUUGUCAAAUGCUCAAGA